CGGCAGAGAAUCCGAAGCGUUCGCCAAAACAGUUGCAUUUCAAAUUCAAACGGACGGAAACAUCGGAUCUAAAGGGACACUGGGUGAAGAUACAGAUUUGUUUUCAGCUGACUAUGUCCCGACUGCCAGUCAUGUCAUCGAAGAGAGUUCUUGCCAGCAGCAGCUCUGAGAACUCCCUGGACAUGGCUCCUCUGCAGAAGAGAAUGCGUAAGGACCAGGAGCCCCGCAAACCUCAGGCAGCUGCAACCAUCAUAGGAGACAAGCGACCCGCUGCUGCAGCCAGAGCACCGCCCUAUAGACCAGUUAGAGGUGCAGGAGCUGCCACUGUGGCUGCUGGCCCUUCCAGAGUAAACAACCUGCAGGAGCAAAACCUGCCACCAUGGGACCUGAAGGGUAAAGUCAAUGACAUGGAGGGUAAAAUCCGCAACUACCAGACCAAGUACAGGUCUGUAAACGAGGAGAACGAGGCGCUGAAGGACUCCGUGGCUCAAGGCCAAACCAAAGUGUCCGAGCUGGAGCAAGAAGUCAAAGGACAGAAGAGGAAAAUCAGUGAGUAUGAGGCGGAGCUGCAGAUGUUGUCUGGAGUUCAGAAUCAGCUUGGAAGCGUCCUCCAGAAGGAGCUGUCCAAUUUAGAGCAGAAAUAUAAGGUCAUGGAGCUGCAGACUCUGAAGAUGAAGCUGUCUGUGCAGGAAUCAACGAUGACUCGACUGCAGGCCACCCUGAGAGACAGAGAAGAAGAAGUCGGCUCCCUGAAGGAAACGGUGGCGGAGCAGAGAGACGAGCUUCACGCCGGGGAGAUGGAGCGCCGGCGGCUCCACAACACCAUCCAGGAGCUGAAGGGAAACAUCAGGGUGUUUUGUAGAGUUCGUCCACUAGAAGAUGGAGGCCUGAGUAAACACAUCCAGCUGGCAGCCAGCGACAACAAGUCCAUCAUGCUGGCCAAAACUGAGGAGGUGGGAAUAUUACUAUUUAAACUGAGUCUGGCGAUGAAGAAUUAUCACUUUAGUUUCGAGGGUGUUCUCCGGCCUCAUGGGAAGGUUUUGUUUUCAGAUCUUUGAUGAGAUCUCCUGCUGGUGCAGUCGGCUCUGGAUUGUGACAACGUGCCUGCUGCUUUGCCUCUGCACUGUCAGACAGGAAGUGGGAAAACCUACACCAUGGAGGGAGAAGUGGACGACAGGAGGAUCGUCAUUCCCAGAGCCGUGCAGCAGAUCUUCAGAGCCGGAGACAAGCUGAGCUCUCAAGGCUGGGAGUUCAUCUUCACUGCGAGUUUUGUUGAAAUCUACAACGAGACCCUGCGGGACCUGCUGUACACCGGCAAGGCCAGCAAGAGGCCCGAACACGAGAUCCGAAAGACGGCCAGCAACGACGUGACCGUCACCAACCUGACCUACCAGAAGGUCCACAGCGAGGAUCAGGUUCUUGGUUUGAUCGCUUUGGCCAAAGAGAACCGCUCCACGGCCCAGACGGCCCAGAACGAUCGCUCCUCCCGCUCACACUCGGUGUUCCAGCUGCAGAUUGAGGGAGUGAACGCUGGCAGGGACAUGAAGUGCAAGUCCACUCUUUGUCUGGUGGACCUGGCCGGCAGCGAGCGAAUGGUGAAGAGUCAGUCUCAGGGAGAGCGCUUCAAGGAGAUGACGUCCAUCAACAGCUCCCUGUCCAACCUGGGCAUCGUCAUCACUUCUCUGGCCAACAAGGAGAGCCACAUCCCAUACAGGAACUCCAAGCUGACCUACCUGCUGCAGAACUGCCUGGGAGGAAACAGCAAAACGUUGAUGUUCGUGAACAUUUCUCCAGAGUCGGACAGCUUUGGAGAAACACUCAACUCUCUGAGGUUUGCCAGCAAGGUGAACGAUUGCGUCAUCGGCACAGCGAGUUCCAACAAGAAGUAGAUCCAAGUUUUUACAUAAACAUGUGUUUGGUUUUUUUUCUACUUUAUUACUAUAAUCAGUUGUUUAUAAUCAGAUGUUUGUACUCGAUUUCUCUCUCAUAAGAAAUGAAAGCUUUGGUAAAUUCUCAGGGCCUCUUGGUAAUCACUAACAGAUUUUUAAAUGUUUUUCUCUCACCACUCUGUAAAUUGAGCCAUGUGUACAUAUUUGUUUGUCUGUUUUUAACCUCUCAGACAUUAAAUAUCCAUCACUGGUGUUUUUAGGAAAAAGGUUCAUUUUAUUUAGUAAUUUCUGAUCUUUUUUAAAAAAGUAUGAAUAAAUGAAGAACAACUGCAAAUCAAUGUAUUGAUGUUGUCUUUAUUCUUAUAAUUCAAUUUCUAUAACUAAUAGUGUUUGGUUCAACCUGCAGCAGUGAUAGAUAUUUAAUACUAAACUAGAUUUAACUGUUAUACUGUUUUAGGCUUUUACUAUUAUUUUAUGUUUAUUUUCCAUUUACAAUAUGUUUAAUUGUUGUUAUAAGCACAUUUAUUUAGUUUGUUUUUUUUGUCUCAAAUUCUCUGAGUCUUACAUGCAUCCAAAAAUCAGAACAUAUUAAAAAUAUUCCACUUUGA